UGGCAAACAGCGCAGCCAACUUUCCCAACUCGAGGGUAUUCUCCUGGCUUCGUUAAAAAACAAGGGCAACAAACUCGUUGCAUGAAAGAGGAAAACGGUGACAGGCACAGUGUAAACAGCCUUCCCAAGUGCCGUCUUUUGCCGGUUCGAGAAAAAGGACCCCUGUGGAGGGGGAAGGGCGCGACCUUUCUCUUGCUUUGCUAGGCUCGCGUCUUCGCCUGUCCAUCGUUGCCGGGAUGUUCAUCUCGUGCGAUGGCUCCGCGCGCCCUGAAUUCCAAGGCUUCACGCUCCUUAUGCCAGCAGUUUCCGUGGGAAAUGUUGGUCAGCUGACUGUUGAUUUAGUCAUUUCCACACUUGGGAUGACCAAAUUUGGUUACUUUUAUACUGAUUGCCUUGUACCAAUGGUUGGAAAUAAUCCAUAUGCAACAACAGAAGAGAAUGCAACAGAACUGUGUAUAAAUGCUGAAGUGUAUGCAGUGCCUUCUAAAGAGCUAGUGGUUCUACAGAUCAGAUCACCAUUCAUAAAGAAUAAAUAUAGGCACUUCUGUGAUGCGUUGCUGUCCUGGGUGAAAGGCUGCAGCUUUGCCAGAAUUGUUCUUUUGUCCAGCAGUCAUGCUUACCAGCGUAAUGAUCAUCAGCUUCACACGACUUCACUGCGAUAUUUGCUUUCACCUGCUGUUCAGAAAACAGUUCGAGAUCUAAUACAAAGAUUGAACUGGAGAGAACUGGAGAAAGUGUCAGCUUUCCCUGAAGAAAAUGAUGAUGAGAAAGUGUUCCACAUUCCAGGAGGUGGCAUCACAAAACUCUUGUUCACUGAAAGUUGUUCAGAAGGAAUUCAAAUGGUGGUUUUGCUGAAGUUUUGCUCAGAGGGGGACAAUAUCCCAGAUGCACUUGUUCUUGCUGAUUAUCUUAAUGAAUGGCUUCAAAUAACCACAAACCAACAGAGUGGCAAUUCUCCUGCUAAAUCUUCCAAAUGGAAAACGCCAAGUUCCUGGAAACUCCUCUUUGGCAGUGGCCUUCCACCUGCAUUGUUUUAGGUCUUGCUGACUUUACUUAUAGACAACCUGUACAAAAUCAAAGUAUUCUGUUUUUGAUUUUCAUGUAAGUGGUAACUGCCACUGUGUAACCUUGUAUAAAAUGUAAUUACUGUGAUCUAGUUAAGCUAACACUUCAGUAAGUUUCAAGCACCACAUAAAGUAAACUUUUUAGAAGACCUUUUACUAGC